AUGUCGAAGAACACCGUCUCCGCCCGUUUCAGGAGAGUAGACGUGGACGAGUACGACGAGAACAAAUUCGUGGAUGAGGAGGACGGUGGAGAAAAUCAGCUUGGAAAUCUGAUGGAGGCGUUGCACGCAGUCCUGAAGAACCCUCCAAUAAACACAAAGAACCAGAAUGUCAAGGACCGUGCAGAGGGUCUGGUGCUGAAGGUGCUCAGUGCCUUUAAGAGCAGCGACAUUGAGAAAGGCGUGCAGUCCCUCGACAAAAAUGGCGUGGACCUGCUGAUGAAAUACAUCUACAAAGGCUUUGAGAGGCCGUCGGAAAACAGCAGCGCUGUGCUGCUGCAGUGGCACGAAAAGGCUCUGGCUGCUGGAGGAGUGGGCAGCAUUGUUAGAGUACUAACAGCGAGGAAGACGGUCUAAAAGAAGAGCAGAGGAACUCUCCACAUCACAUCACAGGCACACUGCACUGUUCACGUACCAGACGGCACAGAUUUUUAACCCAAUAUGAGCUCUAUUGCUCAGGCAAGAGUUAAAAAGACCUUGCAAUGUGGGUCAUAUUGGGUUAAAAACCCCAUUUCCUGUUCCUUCCCUUUCUUUGCCACAGCCUAAAUUUGUACUCCUGACAGGGUGCUACAUGUAUGUGUGUGUGGUUUCCUUUUCUUCCUGUAUGCGUGUGUGUGUGUGUCACUCCUGUGGAUGUGUUCAGACUGUUCAGCAGCAGUUCCAAACCUAGUGGACGUAAAUCUCGGGCAGCUGCAGACAUAUUCCUGCCGACUUUGUACUGAUUCAAAAGGUUUGGUUCUGCUGCUGUGCACUCUGCUUACACUUUCCACUUGUGCUGAAAAACAGGCAAGCCUUGAAGUCACCCCACACCCAUUUAUUUUACAUCAAUGACCAAAAGGUUGUUGCUUCCCCCCCCCCCACAAUUUUUGGUUUCCAUCGUUGUUUUUUCAGCAUGAGAGCAUUUCUGCUGGAAUAAUGGCAGUAAAUCCUCUCAGAGUGACACUCAAGCUGCAGGAGCCCUGGAAAAGCACACUCACAGAUGGAGGGUGAUGAAUAUGCCCACAGGGGUCGGCACCCACGUCGGGGAGGGGAAGGGAGGGGAGGGGCAGGAUUAUUCCCCACGAUGCAUCCCUAUCAACAGUUUUAUUAAUCCCACUUUGCUGUUCCUCAUGUUUGGCAUGAUCCCUCUGCUACUGAACAGGGCCGUAUGUGGCUCUGCUGGUACUAUUCAAAGGAGAUGCAUUUUCUCUGUACUUUCAGGAAAACAACAUCACUAUGAUAAUUAAUGCUCUUUUUUUCUUUUUAACUAUUGAACACGGAAAAAAAACAUUUUCUUCUUUUUGUCAUAUUUGAAUUGAAUAGAAAUUCCCACUUUGUCAGAAUACUAAAAAAGAAAACAUGCUGAGGUUUGACACAGACAUGAUGAUUCAUUUUGGUUCUUGUGUUGAAUAGGCGAGACUUUAUUCAAAUGAAAAGAACUCCACACAGUUUGCGUGAUCCCAUAUUUGAGACUUAGUUGAGCGUUUCUCACCUGUCUUUUAUACGUUUUUUGUCUCUGGGAAAUGUUGAGGUGAAAUGUCAAGUUGUCUGUUUUUCUCUCCAGGUUUUGGGUUUUAAUUCAGGCUGUACGAUCGUUAAAACGAAUGGAGCUCAUACCCCUACCACCACAUAGACUGAGUGUACGUUGCUUAGGCAUUUUAUGUGCUGCGGAAAACUGGAUAUGUUAAUAUUUGAUCUGCCUUUUCGGGUAGAUUGCAUCUGUUGCCAAACAAUUUAUUUUUCUUUCAUUCGAAUGAUGUAGCCUGAAUUGGUGAUUUAGUGUAUUAAGUAAGACGCAGUGGAUUUAUCCCAAUGUACAGAAUAGAUGAACAUAAAAGCAAAAUGUGGCGUGGUUUCAAACAUUGCAGGUUACAGAUAAGCAACCUCGGUUUUGCUCCUCACAUAUCGAGAGGGGAUCUGAUUCCAGAGUAUUUAUUUGUUUUUGCUCAUUUCCAGAUUCAGUAAAACUUACUCUUGGAUUUUUUCAACGGUUUUCGAUUUCACAUUGUUUUACUUUCCAGUUGAUAUUUAAGCAUGACUUGUCAUGUUUGAAUACUGUCAUCAGUGAUGAUGCAUCCUAUCCAUUAGAUACCUUUUCUAAUGCAGUGAAACAUGGAUAUACAUAAGGACAGAAAGGGUUGAUGACCUCCUCUGCUUUGUGGAAUUCUAUCCUGUGAUGCUCUUCUAGCUGAAAACAAGGGAGCAGACCAAACUGAUUAACAAUCUGCCUUACUCAAAUAUUCCUUUUUUAAGUUUGUGCUUUUUUGAAGAAAAUAAAAGAGUAUGAAUGCUGA